GUGUGUGUGUGAAUGAUAAUGUGUGUUGUGUUGACUUAGUAGUUGGACAAGUGGAUUGAAUUGUUGAUGGAGAGAAUGCAUGGGAGACUGAUUGGAUGAAUGUUUUGAUGAGUGGUUGUGCGAGUGUUUGUACGAGUGUUUGUAGGAGUGGUUGGACGAAUGUUUGGAUUGUUGAAGGUUUAAUCUAUUUGACAGAUUGAUCGAUGGAUUGAUUGAUUUGUUGAUUUGUUUAUUUUUGAAUGAUCGACUGAUUGAUUGACGGACUGAUAUGAUGAUUUAUUGAUUGAUUAAUUGAUUGAUUGAUGGAUUGAUUGAUUGAUUGAUGAUUGAUUGAUUGAUUGAUUAAUUAUUGGUGUUGGAUUUCGUCCAUUGUAGCUGAGACCACUACUGGCACGAACGAAGUGACGACGGAGACCGAGAUUACGGAGACCGACACUACGGCAACUGAGGUUAUGUUGACGGAGAGUACAACAGAAGGCAACCUCACGAAAACAGUAGUAAUCGCAGUCUCAUCAAUGCUGACUAGAUCGAACAAGUCUUUGGAGUGGAAUGACAGUUUAUUGGAUCCUAGUUCCGAUUUAUAUCGAAAUUAUUCAGCUGAAAUUUGUAAUUUGCUUUUGGACAGCAUAUAUUCAACUUAUAUUGAGGGAAUAAUCAAUGUUAAUUGCACAGUUGUUGGCUUCUCGCGUGGAUCAGUUGUUGGAAAUGCAGUAUUAGUCAUCGACCAUAGUAGCACAAGUGGGAAUUUCUCAUCGACUGAAGUGACAAAAGACACUGUUCGAAAUGCUGUUGUGGCAUACAUAGCAGAAAUGGUUGCCAAUGGGUCGGAGCAAGUGUACUUCGAUACAUCAAGUGGCUUGACAGUAGAAAAGACAACUGAAUUAAGCAAAACGACUUUCAGUACGAAAAAUAUACUAGAACUAUCAAUGACAGUGGAGGUUUUAAUAGGAAAUCAACAAACAAAUUGGAAUUCCGAACUGUCUAACAAAUUUUCUGAACUUUACAACAGUACUGCUGAAAACACCUGUGCUUCGAUAAAAGCCAGCCCUCGAUAUAUUACAUCAAUACAAUACACCGUACGUACUUGUACUGUUCUUCGUUUUUAUCCGGGUUCUGUGAAAUCUGAUGUACAGAUAAUUGUAGAAUACAUAAAUGACCUCAAUGUGACUCAAACACAAAUUCUGCAAGCAAUUCAGUUGGGUUCGCAAUUAUAUGUAAUAGAUCUGUUAAAAAAUCAGUCAAUCGAUUCCAAUCGUAUAAUAUCACUGAAGUUAAUUAUGCAAAAAGAAACUUGUAGUAGGAUCGCAUCAAAAUGUUCACCACAUGCUCAAUGCAUCGAAAGGUCUGACGGUGCCGUUUGUGUAUGUAAUCCAAUGUGGAUAGAUUUAAACAUGCAACAGCCCGGAGAACAGUGUAUAAUAAGUCCAACUGUAAUAGCGCUAAUUGUUAUUGGAACAAUCCUAAUCAUAAUAAUAUUUGCCGCAGGAAUAUACUUUGCUCUUCGUACAGGCAGAAAUGGUCAACGUUUUAUACAUUCAUUUGCUUAGCAAAUAAAUAUAAUUUAAUAAUACUCAUUAUACAUAGAUCCGAAAAGAAAAUAUAAUCAGUAUGUACAUUGAAUAAUCAUAAUAAUUAUAACUUAUAUUUCGAUAUUAUUUGUAUUAUUUGAUUGAAAAAGGAAAAUGUAUUUACUAUAAAUUUUCAGGUUGAAAGAAUUUUCUGUAAAAUUUUAUUGCAUAAAUUUCUUUUCUUUACAUCUACAAUCUAUCAAUGUAUUUAAUUAAAUGUGAUAUAAACAAUUCCAUUUUUUGUCGGCUUUGUUUAUAAAUUUUUAUGCCGAUUUCCCUAUAUAUUAUAAUUUCUUUCGAUGUUCAGAUUCUAAUUUACAGAAUCAUAUUUUGGCAUCUGAUAUGUUACACAAUAGUGAAAAACAUACUCUUAAAUUUAUUUCAAUUCUGUAUGUAGAAAUCUUUGUAUUUGUAAAAAGAAAAGUAUAUACCCUUUUAUUAUCAUUUUUCAUAGUUUUACUUAUACAAUAAAAAUUUUCCAUUGUUUUUAAAACGAGAUUUUAUGAGGUUUAAUAUAUGUUAUAUCUGUCAGUAAUAAAAUUGAAUAAAACAAUUCCAAUGAGUCAAUAUCCUAUCAUGUUCAUUUGUGUAUUUGAUAUAAAAUAGUAGGAAUGAUUAACUGAAUAAACUUUCAAACACAAUGUUUUUACCAUAAACAUAUCAAGAUUUCAUUUAUGUACCUUUGAACAAUAAGUAUCGUUGAUAAAUAUUCACGAGCUCAGUGAGUCUUUGAUGACGUCUGUACUGAAGACUCAGUUUCAGUUUUCUUGUUUUAUAUGUAAACCUAAAUAAUCUAUUAUUUUCUUACAAUCUAU